AUGAACCGUUCUCCUCACACAGGUGAGUACCCUCCAGAAGUUUCCCAGUUAAUUGGAUCAUCAAAGCGAACUCAAAUGCCAAAUAGUGUGUUUAUGAGCGGCGGUGGGCAUGUUGCGGAUUCCUGCGAUAAUGAUGCUUUCUGGGUCACUGUCAUCCUUGAAGAUGUCAGUCCCACGGAUAGUGAUCAAGAUAUCAUGCAAUAUGUGGCCGAUCAGAUUAAAGCCGCCAAUGUCAUUACUGGGAGCUCUUCACUAUCUCGUGUAGGACCAAGGUGUAUCUCUAUCGGCCUACCACUCAAUAGGGUUAGCAGACAUUAUCUUGGCCUUUUGGAGCAUGCUGAGACUCUUGCAGAUUGGUGGCUCGAGCAAAUCCGCGCAGGUACUGUUUACCUUGACCGUGAGCAUAUAUUUUAA